UUAACUUUGGUCUUUGGUCAUUGUUUGUGUUAUUGCUCAGUCUGAAAACUUCUGAGAUGAGAACUUCGGGCCACUUGGCCUACUGACUGAGAAGUCGUUGGUUGACUCGGCGGCCGGUCAGACAUCGUUCAGCAGCUUGUCUUGUAUUUGAAUAGAGAUGUGAAGAGAGUGCGCAGAUAGCCUAGGCCUAGAUCUAAGUGUUUCAAAGUGCUUACAAAAAAAAAAAAAAGAAGGUUAAUCCACCCCUAGAUCUAGUUACCGCAAUGGAAUAAUGUGCUUUGCUGUUUUCCUUUCUUUUAUGCUGUUUUUACUUGGCUUAUUGUGGGCAAUGACUUCAAUUUAUUCAGGAUUCAAACCUGAUUUCAGGUCUCCUUCUGCACUGCACUGGGCCGUGGGCAUCAUAGCCCCACUUAUUAUUGCACUGUAUGGCCUGAGAAAAAAGAGUCUUGAUCGUUCUGGUGCUGCUGCUGGCCUUAUUGUUGGAUUUCUCCUCUCUGUGAGCAGUUUUAAUUUCAUGGCUUCACUUCUGUCAUUCUUCAUCUUUGCAUCAAAAGCGACAAAGUUUAGAUCGUCAAAAAAGAAAAAGCUGGAAGCUGAGUUCAAGGAAGGUGGGCAAAGAAACUGGAUUCAAGUCAUCUGUAAUGGUGGCCCAGCUGCGUUGUUAGCCAUUUUUUAUAUGUGGGAGGUUGGGUGUGUGAACCUGCCCUUCAAUUUUUUGUCCACUUACUCAGCUUCUUGGUAUAGCGUGGCAGUUAUGUCCGCAAUUGCAUGUGCCUCCGGAGACACUUUUGCUUCAGAGAUUGGCACUGUAGUAGGAAAUCUAGACCCUGUGCACAUCAUUACGCUUAGACGUGUCCCUCGAGGAACAAACGGUGGAGUAUCACUGGUGGGCACACUGAGCAGCAUGUUUGGAGGGGCCGUUGUUGGAAUACCUUGUUAUUUUACUGUCCUCUUAACAUCACAAUGGACUGUCUUAAAAGACUCCCCACCCCAGUGGCCCAUUCUGCUGUAUGCUGUUCUAGCAGGAUUGAUGGGCUCUCUCAUUGAUUCCAUUCUAGGUGCUACCUUGCAAUUUUCAGGAAGGCACAAGACAUUGGGCUGUAUUGUGGAAAGUAAAGGGCCCAACAUUGAACACAUAAGUGGUUUUGAAAUAUUAGAUAAUCAUUCGGUAAAUCUUCUAGCAUCACUUCUGACUGGGAUUAUUAUGCCAUAUAUUGCAGCAGAAACAUGGAAUUGGUUUGUCUGAAAUGUCUCUGUUUAUAUGACUUAGUAGUAAAUCUUGUACAGCAAUAUUACUAUUAUUACUUUGAAAUCUGAACGCUGUCAGAGUGUGAACUUUGCAAUCUUUGUAUAAGCCCGAAAGCAAAAAUGUAAGAAGAAAGAGGUGAAAGUGACAAUUGUGGGUGAGCAUGCACUGAGGAUAUCAGUUUUUAAUAUAUAUUGUGUGUUCUUGUCAUUAAAGAAACUACUGGUAGUGUGCCCGUGGUGUAUUUUUAA